CACCAUCUUUAUAUAAACCUUGUUUAAAGACACUGUUUUCUCCCAAGUAAGCAGCUCUCACUCUCCCAACUCACACACACACUCUUCGUGUUCUCCGUCCUCCCUCACUUUCAGAUCCAAUGGCUUCUCUUUCCCAAACCUCUACUGCCUUCUCUGCUUCCUUCAAACCCGCCCUGGCACGCAGCAGCAGGGUCUCUAGUUUGAAAUCGGUAUCCUUUUCCAUUACUGGGAAGCGCUUCCCAUCUCUGACUUCAAGACCUGGACGCUUCCAAGUUUCCUGUUCAGCCAAACCAGAGACUCUUAACAAGGUCUGUGAUAUAGUGAAGAAGCAGCUGGCUUUGCCUGAUGACACAGCUGUGACCGCAGGCUCCAAAUUCAGUGAACUAGGAGCUGAUUCUCUUGACACUGUUGAGAUUGUGAUGGGACUUGAGGAGGAGUUUGGUAUCAGCGUGGAAGAAGAAAGUGCUCAGACCAUCGCCACUGUUCAAGACGCAGCAGAUCUGAUUGAGAAGCUCUGUGAGAAGAAAGCUUAAUAAUAGUCUCUAGAGUACAACACAGACCUGUGGACCCUUUUUCUUCUUUCUGUUGGCUUCCUGUUUUUUCUUUUUCUUUUUUCUUUUUGUGAGUUAUGUAGCAUUUUGGUACUUAAGUUGCCCCUAUCUAUGGAUAUUGUAGUGUUCUUAAUCUGAAGAUCUCUCAUUGUGUUAUGUUCUCUAUUUGGUUGUUUCUGAAGAUAAUUACAUGUUUCGACUUUAGCUUUGAGAA